AUGAUUCCUUCCAACUUUGAGCCAGAGCCUCCUGCUUUCGUCUUUGAAAGGGCUCACACCAAUGUCCAUCAAUUCCUGUUCGCUUUUCCAGAUGAAAAGAAAAUGCCCAAUGCGCGUCAAAUACAACUGCGGCGCUUGCAUGAUAUUAUGAAUAUCAGCGUGCAGCGAGACGAUCUUCCCCGUGCCAGACGUGCUUGGUCCAUCCUAGCCAGAUGUAAAGAGAUAGAUUGGAGAGCGAUGUGGAGGCUGGGCAUCACUUUGCUUGAAAUCGAUGUCUGCGUCAUGGGGAGUAAUCCACGCAAGAUAGAUUAUCUACGGACUAUGUUACUCCAACUUCCGGAGGAGCGAGAACGCAUUCUUGCUGAAUUAGUCCACCAUUAUAUUCUUGGUGGCAGGUACAGAGAUGCACUCGACGAACUUGAGUUUUACCUCCCUUCAUUCCCUUAUCGUGACAAUCCAGUACUCCACGUCUAUGCAGGUUUGUUGUGUAUUUUCGUUGCUCAGCCUCCAGAAUCAAUUGGUGCUAAUGGGGUCGAGGAAACCACCUAUGAUAGCAACUCUUUGAGUCGCGCUCAGAUCUUUCUUGAACGUGCAAAGGCAUUGGAUCCCCAUAACAUCGUGGCAAGCGAAUUUUUGCACAAGUUACAUUAUAUCUCUCAAGGACCAGCAUUACAUUCUUUCGCCAGCCAUGAUUCUGAAGAUGAAACUCAUAGCAAAGGUUGUCAGCCAUCGCAACCAAAGCGGAGGAGAAGUAAUUCUUGA